GACUUUGACCAGAUGGGAUCCCUCAGCGCGCUAGCCUGCCAGCAGGCUGUCGCACGGCUGAUAGACGACGCAGAGGUGAGGCUCAGGACGCUCACCGAGGAACGGCGGGAGAAGCGGCUCGAGGACUGGCGCUCCCGGGUCCAGAGCACGCAGAGGAAAGCUCACGAAUGGCUCAAGGAUUUCACACCAAAAGACGUCAUGGUGAAGGAAGGCGAGACAACGGCGCAGGACACCAACGAGGCGCUGGGCAUGCUCCGCAGAAGGUGGAGGAAGGUGUGGGACCGAGAAAAACCGCCUGCACACAGGUGGCGGGGAAAGCUAGGCCAAUGGCUGCCGACGCUCCCGGAGCAACAGUGGCCCAAGCUCAGCGAGCAAGAAGUGAGAGAAGGGCUGCGCAGGCAGGCGGGCUCCAGCGCCGGGCCAGACGGCUGGACUGGAGACGAGCUCGUGGACGCCAUGUUCGCAAGCGAGGCCAUCGCCAACCUGCUCAACGAGAUGGAACAGGCCGCCUGCGUGCCAGACGGGUGGAAGCAGUACCGGCAGGCUCAUCUGCCAAAGGCUGUGCCCGAGGGAGGCAGCAACGCGCUGCGCGCCGAGGACUAUCGGCCCAUCUGCGUGGCGAGCGCCUGGCACAGGCUUUGGGCGACCUCCAGGGCACGCUCAGAGGCCAGCCGCAGGUGGCAAGAAACCUGGUGGGAUAUGGACAUGGUCAGUGCGAAGAAGGGGUUCGAGUCGCACCAGGCCAGUUCGUCCGCGAUAGUGGCGGCGAACAUGGACAUGUACGUCACCUGGGACUACAGCCUCGCUUUCGAUAUGGCGGACCCCGCCAUCGCCGGCCACGUGCUGUCUGAGCUGGGCCUCCCUUCGAACAUUGGCAGCAUGCUGAUGAGCACGUGGGGAGAUCAGCGCCGGUGGUUGCAGCUCGCGGGCUGCGCCCUGCAGGAACCACAGAGGGUCAGCAGUAGCCUCCCCCAGGGGGGCCCCUGGUCGCCAAUGGCCCUCUGCGCAAUGCUGCUUGCGCCGCUCAAGCAGAUCAAGCACUACUGCGAGGACAUCCACGUGCAGUUGUACAUCGACGACCGCACCUGGGAGAGCCCCAGCAUCAUCACCAUGCUCCGCGCCGCGGACUACUGGACCAAGUGGUCAGAGACGCUGGGCUUGAAGGAAAACGAGAAGAAAAAACAGCGGCUGCACUGGCGUCCUCGCCAAAGGCGGCAACUUGCAGAGGCAGGAAUUGACCCGGCCAGCAUCCGCGACGCAAUCGACGCGCUGGGGGUCAAGAUCACUGGAGGGCGCAGCAGGAAGCUCUCUAAGAAGGAGACCAGGCGGCUCAGAACAGCAGAGGCGCAGCUUGCCAGGGCGCGCCAGCUCCCGCACCAACGGAAGGAAAAGAGAGAGAUCUGUGCCGCAGGGCCCGUCUCCAAGGCGGCCUUCGGAUGGGUCGAGCAGCCUAUGCCGAGCGGAGCGGCGGACCGGCUCCGACAAGGCGUGGCAAUGGCGUUGCGGCCUCCUCGACAGAGUGCGCCGCCUCUACGUCGACUGGCCUGGGGGCGCAGAGCUGACCCCCGGUUCCGCGCACAGCAGGACGCGAUCAUGGCACUGGCCAGGGUCGUAUCCAAGCGGGCCCACACCCUCAGCGACUUCGCCUGGGUGCUGCCCUGGACGCAGAAGGGAAGCUUCGCCGCCGAGGUAAGCAGCCACCUCAAAUGGACGGGAUGGAGACCCACCGCCGCCCGGUGGACCUGGCAGCAUUCAGGCUUGGAAAAUAUUCUCAUCACGCUGGACCACACCAGCCGGGAAUGGAGGCCACCCAGGGCGCUGGGGCACGCGUUGCGCGAAGCCUGGCGCCGUGCCCAGUACGACAGCUUCAUCAACUCCAAGCGCCGCGACGCGGCCAUCAUCAGGCAGAGCGGCAUCGGCUACAACCCCGUUAGGGUCAAGGCUGUGGCCCGGUGCUACGACGAGAACCCAGGGAAGGCGAUGAGGGUGUUGGCAGGCGCCGUCGUCUCGCCCAUGUGCAUUGCGAUCGCCAGGAGGGGCCCCGGUCUGCAAAAGUGCCCCUGGCGCGGUGCGCCACACGGAACACUGGACCACAUCGCGUGGGAGUGCGCUAACGUGCCCGGCCGGCCACCAGUCCGGCCUGCUGACGUGCUCCAGCGCAGGCUGUUCUUGCCGAAGGGCGCAAAGGCGGCGCGAGCAGUGGGCGACGCCAUCUUCCGCUGGGCGUGCACGCUGGACGACCUCCUCCUGCAGGAGAGGCACCCUGGUAACUUCGUCGUGCACUCUGGCGAGGUUCCUGUCAAUCUGGCUUAG